AGGAGGCAUUGUUUACAAACAGAUAUCUCCGUAAGUGAAAUUUUACUCCACAGUUAAUUAAUGAUUGGAAAAUUCACAGUGUGAAAUGAGUUCGAUUGCCGAAAUAAACGCUGUAAGGGUAAAAGUGUGUCUGGAAGAAAAUCCGGAAGACAUCCGUCGUUUUGUGAUUGAUCCGAACAUUACAACGUACAAUGACUUGUGUAAAUGGAUUCAGCGAGCGUUUUAUGUCCAAAGGCAUGUAGAAAUCUUCUACAGACUUUUAAGGAGAGGUCGCCUGACAAACACUGCAAUUACAUCCGACGACGACCUUCACGAAGCGAUAAUGGCAACAACAAAUUCUCCCUACCUUGAAAUUGCGACUCGUGUCGUGGACGGACCUAUCGUGGAAAACAAUAGCAAUGAUUGGAUAGUACUGAAUGCAUUUGAUAUUCCCAUGAUAAAAGACAUAAAAUCAUUUGGUAAUAAACUCACCCUACCCAUUGCAUCUGCCUUACGGAAACGCUUUGAGAGCACGUUCUACCAGAUAACCAGCGCAUUCGUUGACACAACGCGCAAGACUCCGCUGGGUGUUGACGAUUGGUCGACGCACCUCGACGACGAUGGCCGCUUGAUGAACCCCAAAGAUUUGUGGGUGAUUGUUUUCAACUGGGGGAUCGAACCUCAAUUACGGCAUUACGUGUGGAAACAUCUCCUGAACGUUUUCCCGGAUUUGACUCAAACAGAACGAGAAAAAUUCUUGGCGAUGAAAUGUAAGGUGUACUGGAAAAUGCUAGCCUCGUGGAAAAGAGAAGAUCAAUUGUCAAAAACCAAAUCCCUCAGAGACAUGGUGUGGAAGGAUGUCACCCGUACAGAUAGGACUUACCCAUACUUCGAUGUCCCUGACGACCACGAUCAUCUGACGUCAUUGUUCAACAUAUUGGUCACUUACGCCGUACUUAACCCGGAUGUGUCGUACGCGCAAGGCAUGAGCGACCUAGCCUCUCCGCUGAUGGUUGUCAUGGACGAUGAGGCCGUGGCGUUCACCUGUUUUUCAGCGCUCAUGGCGCGCUGUAAGAAACACUUUCUUCCAGACGGCAAGGCGAUGUCUUUAAAAUUUGACCAUCUCACGCAAUUGGUGCAGAAAUUUGAUCCAGAGCUGUACAAGUGUCUGUUAAAGGUUGAUGCAGAUGACAUGUUUUUUUGUUAUCGAUGGCUUGUUCUUGAUCUCAAACGUGAGUUUCAAUUUGACGAUGCCCUUUGGAUUAUGGAAGUCAUUUGGAGUUCUUUACUGCCCCCACCUCCUAAAGAUAUACUCCAGUCUCCAAGCACCGAGACGUUUAACACAACGAAUAACCUCUGCAAUAACUCCAGUGCAAUCUUGCGUUCAGAGGGUUACAACUCGUUACCAUACUCUUAUCACUCGCUCGUGUACGCAAACGACGACGAAAAUUUUACUGAUGAAGCGGAAUGUUCACUAGUAAACCUGAACGAUUUUGACGGGAAACUGGAAUUGCUUAGUUUACCAGAUCCUUAUCAUUUAGGCGACGGAAAUCCGUUCGUUUUGUUUAUAUGUCUCGCCAUUCUUAUGCUAAAUCGCGAACGGGUUUUUCAAGAGCAGGACUACAACUCUUUAGCGUCGUCUUUCGACAAAAAAGUACGGAAAAACGACGCCUUGAAGGUGUUGACAAAAGCGAGGAAACUUUUCUCCCAGUAUCUGCAACAUUGCGAACUUGUUGACAACAACGAAUUUGUUUCGUUACAAAAGACGAGCAAAACAAAAGAAAAAGAACUAUCGUUGUCGAAGGAGACUUCGUCCUCGAAAGACGCUUCUUCGUCGUCCUCGUGGUUCGACGAUAAUUCGUGUGCAAUUGUGAAGAAGUCGAGCCUAGAGAUACAAUGUUAAUGGCCACACGCCAUGCCGUCGACUUCCAGGAUAAUAGUAAAGAAUGGUUCGGCAUUGCCGUUCAUGUUUGAGAAUGCUGUGUAUUUUAAACUUUCCAAUCAUUCACUUUUACUUUACACUUUGGCAAUGAUAACUUCAAAUUUCUCUGAUAGAAAUGAACAAAUUCACGGCAGUCGCCAUUCACGGCAGGAUAAAGCAUUGUUCAAGCAAAGGAGGAUUAAUUCACGAAUCAACUUCACUGAUAAAUGACCUACGCUCUAACCAUUAAAAAGUUAUAUAUUUUUCA